GCAGUAUUUGAGCCUUCAGGAGAGUAAGGAAAGCCAGACAUUAUAGAGACAGAGGGACAAGGCACUGUUACCCCCACAGGCUCCCACUGCAGAUACCCAGGGAGCUUGAAAUUUGGCGUCCAGAUUUUGGUCACUGUCACGUAUUCAUUCCGUGUCAUCAUUCCGUUCAUCACUCGGGGUGGAAAAGAUGACUCCUGUAGUGAUUUGUGAGCAUCGAUGUUUGUCUCUGUAGAAGAGUUUUCUCCGUUAUUAUUGUUUCGUCAGGUAGAGUUUUUGUUGCGCCAUUAGGGGUUUAUUUGAUUUCCCCGACGGUGUCCUUCACUGGAAUACCAUCCCUCCUUCUGUGAACUGUCUCCAACUGCCUUCACCAAUGCUGACUGAACCGUAUGGAGCCAUGUCCAUGGGGUCAGAUAUCCGAGAUCUGACCCUCCUAACUCCAGCGCCUCCCGUGCCAUCCUUACCAGGAGCUGGUGGUGGCUGUGGAAUGUCUGUUGGCAGCGGCCAGUGGACCCAACUGCUGGACCUCCACCCCAGCUCUCCCUACAGCUCCCUGCCCUCCCACCCUUCCCUAAUCAAGCAGGAACCAGGUUGGGGAACCGCGGACCCCAUAGAGGACCCUCAUUGUGGACUCGGGGCCUUCACCGUGCACUUCGCGGGACAGUUUACAGGGCCGGGCGGCUGUCGGGUCGGUGCCUUCGGAGAACCGACUGCAGGUCAGCCUCGAGUGUUUCCCAAUGGGACCUACGUGCCCAGCUGUGUGGACAGUCCCCCUGCACCCAGGAACCAGGGUUAUGGGGCCGUGGGUUUUGACAGCAACCCCAGCUGUGGUCACAAUGCGUCUCAUCACACCCCUCAGCUCUCCGGCCUCUCCUUCAAACAUGAGGACACACUGUCACCGCCGAACAACAUAGUUGACCAGCAGUACCCGGCUCCUCCGCCCAUGUUUGGUUGCCACAAUCCUCCCGAAUCAUGUCCGAGCAACCAGGCUCUGCUGCUGAGAAACUACAACAGUGAUAACGUUUAUCAAAUGGCAUCUCAGCUGGAGUGUGUAACGUGGAAUCAAAUGAACUCCCUGGCAUCUUCCAUGAAGAGUGGCCAUACCACCAGCUACGAGAGUGAACCCCCAGUCCCACCUCCACCCAUGCUUCUCAGUGCCCAGUACCACAUACACACACACAGUGUCUUCAGAGGACUACAGGACGUCAGACGGGUACCUGGCAUUGCUCCGGCAGUUGUGAGGUCAGAGGCCAAUGAGAAGCGUCCAUUUGUUUGUGCUUACCCUGGCUGCAGCAAGAGAUACUUCAAACUGUCACAUCUGCAGAUGCAUGGCCGCAAACACACCGGCGAGAAGCCUUACCAGUGUGAUUUCACCGAGUGUGGCCGCAGAUUCUCCCGCUCCGACCAGUUAAAGAGGCACCAGCGCAGACACACAGGAGUGAAGCCCUUUCAGUGCGAGACGUGUCAGAGAAAGUUUUCACGGUCAGACCACCUUAAGACGCACACUCGGACUCAUACAGGUAAAACAAGUGAGAAACCCUUUACCUGCCGCUGGUCCAACUGUCAGAAGAAGUUUGCCCGCUCUGACGAGCUGGUGCGCCACCACAGCAUGCACCAGAGGAACCUGACCAAGCUGCAGCCUGCCAUCUGAACAGCAAGAGGAGGAGGAGGACGACGACCAAGAGGAAGGUGACAAUAUGUUGUGCCAGCUAGUAGAGAAAGAUGCCUGCAGCCUGGUCAGCGGUUGUGGUGCCUUGUCAGACUCGCUGGUGUGAUGAGCACAGCUGACGCCUCCCUCUGCCACCCAGGUGACGUCGGGAGGAGAGACUCACUGAUGAUCCACGAGAUCCUAAAGAUGCACCUCCACUGUCAUUCGCUUAUUUGACAUUAAAACUCGGACUUUGAGAGGAUAUAAUAUCACAAUAAUUCUGAGCCAAGAAGAUUUUUUUAACUGUGAGAUGAGAAAUGUGUUGAUAUACUAUUUUGGAAAAUUUCUGUACACUUGCACUGGCUUCUUGUUUUAUUGUUAAAAUUGUGUCACCUUGAAAAUGUGCAGGACCGUGUAAACUGGAUUCAGAAAAUGGACAUAAUGUCACUUUUGUCCAUAAAGCUGAACGCAGAGAAUUUUUGCUUCGCAAAUGUGAACAUAUCUAUAUUCUUGCGGUACACAGGAUACUCACCACCACCAUAUUGCUCUGUAUAUAUUUGUAUUUGCUCACGUUCAUAGACAUUCCUUUUGUAUUUUCUGUGUUUUUUAAAGGUUAUAAAACGUUGGUUCCCGUGGGUAUCAAGAA